AUGGCAUCACCGACAGUCGCCGAGUACGGACGCGCGAUUGCCAUCGCCUCGAUGGCAGCACAACAGGCAUCGCCCGAAGCACGCGCGCUCGCCAACUCCAACCAAGACGUGCACCACCAUAUCAUGGAAAUGUCCUUCCUCCUCGCAGGCGGCCCCUUUGACGUAGACGAAGCCGCCACUUACGUCGCAGAGGAGAUGAACAGAUUCGUAGCCGCCAUCGAUGCACAGCAAAGCAACGACUCCUAG